UGACAGUUCCAUUUGAAAUUUUUAAGAAUUACAACAAAAUGUCAACAUUUUUUAUUACUUUAUUCAUUGUCUUCAUUGCAUCUAUAGCUACAAUAGAAGCCCAAAUUUGUGGACCAAAUGAAGUGUGGGGUGAAUGUGAUCCAUGUUUAAAAACAUGCGAGAAUAUAAGAAAUCCAGAUCUUAUUAGAUGCACUGGAUCUUGUAUAACACGUUGCAAAUGCCGUCCUGGUUACAUUAGAUUAUCUCGAAGAGUUCGACAUUGUGUACGUGAAGAAGAAUGUUAAAAAAAUUUAUUUUUUAUUUUUUUUGCAACAAAAGAUAAAUUAUGUUAUAAAUUUUGUUAUAAAAUCAAUGUUUAUUUUACAUGUUGCUUGGAAUUAUUCUCUAAUGCGAUAUUAUAAAAAUUAUUAUUAUUAUUUUUUUUUUUAUUAAAA